AUAGGUCUGUACAGUGGUAUGAACUAUACCAUCACAGUGAGAGCUGGUAAUGUACUAGGAGCAUCAAAGUCAAGUGUUAUAUCAGCUAAAACGUCAGUAUCAAUUCUUGUAGGUGUACCCACAUCUCUUCAUGUUAAUCCAAACACUAAUAGGAUUAUGUGGAAUGAGAUUAAUUGCUCUCAACUCACUGGUAGAUUCAUUGAAUAUAAUGUACUUAUUGAAAAUAUAUAUGUAAAUGAGCUUGUUUUUGGUGAAGUAUAUAACAUCAGUGUAGCUGCUGUUAAUUCUGUUGGAAGAGGUCCCUUUAGUGAUCCCAUUGUUGUAGAAUUUGGAGCUAGAUUCAAUGAUGGUGGUGUUGCUAUUGGGUUGGGGACUUUUGUAGCUAUAUUGAUGAUUCUAUUAACCAUCAGUCUUGUUGUUCAUAUCUACUGCUUUGUGAAAUUUAUAUACCCUGUCAUUGCACCAAAAGCAAAUAAAUCAACUACUAAAGAGGAAAAUAGAAUUGUUGAAGAGAUGUCAAUGCAAGAAUGUGAAUCAUAUGGUCUUCAUGAAGUAAAUAAUAAGAAGAAAGUAGUACUUUAUGAGGAGUGUCUGCCUGCCGAUGACAAACACAAACCAGUUGUUGUUGUUGAUGAAACAUCUGCUGUUGAUGAACCAACUGUUUAUGAAGAAUUUACUGUUGAUGAUUAUACAUCAUGUUAAUGACAUUAAAAUACACAUCCUUAAUGCACACAUACUGUAGUAAUUGCUGCAUUUAAUGCAUAAUGUGAAAAUAUUCAAGUUUAAGGUAAAAGA